CUCAGCAUGGAACAGCACCCGGAGAUGGUGGUAGUGCAGACAGAAAUACAGCUGGAGCAGACGACGCUGCGAAAGAGAAGGAGAGGAAGUCAAAAUAUAAAUUGAACGUUCAUACUAGCAAAGUGGUUCACUCAACAUCUGGUGAUGAAACAAUACUACAAGUAGCACAAGAAGCGCAAGAUGAUCAGGAAGCAGCUACUUUAGAUGAAGAUCAGCGUGAAACUACACCACUCCAGGAUGAUGGAACUGAAACUGAUGCUACAGUACAGCCUCUUUCACCGAAGCGAUCAGCGCUAGUAGUUAUCACGGAAAAGCCAGAAGGUGAGCCACCACAAAUCUAUAUCAACGACGACAAUAAAUCUUCAAAUACUAGCGCAAAGAAAGGUAAACCUCGACCCGUAUCCAAUACUUCCAGUCCUCAGCGCAUGUCAACUGCCGG